AAUUAUUUAGCUUGUCAACUAUCUGGUGGUUGUAUAUAAACUGAGUGCAGGGGUAGCUAUCCUAGAAGAAAUUUGACUUGGGGAGAUGAUGUCGAAAUGACAGAUGGAAUACUUAAUUAUUGAUCACACGUCUUGGAAAACAACUCCCUACCAACAGUAAUCUCCAUGAGUUUUUCCCUUUUUGUUUGUUCUUGAAUUUGAUUAGUUGAGCAAAAGAUUAUUAAAAUUUGAAUAUUAUAGUUAUUAAUUAAUACAAGUUUUAUAAUAGUAUUGUUCCUUAAACAUGGCCUGCUAAUUGUUGAAGGUUUUUCUGCCUGGCACUUUCCCUUGCCAAGUCUCUCCCUCUCAAAAACCUUAGCAUUAAAGCUUUGUGGUAAUAGAAUCCAUAUUUCAUAGAGAAAGCAAAAAUGGGUGAUAGAAUCUUUGUGGUGAUAUUCUUCUUCUGGGCAGCUCUCACCAUUAUCACCCCAACCCUUGUUCUCUUGUCAGAAUCCUCCAAACCCUUUUUGGAUACCAAUGGUCAGACUAGUGAGGGAAUUAAAGAUAGGAGAAUGAUUGGAUAUGGAGUGAAACGAUUAAGCAAUUCAAGCAUAUCUUCAAUUCAAAUGAAGGAAACAGCAGCCACAAUUGAGCACAACUGGAGCUGGUUUCAAGAACUUGAAAGCUUAGUCAGCAAAGUAUUUCUAAAAGCAAUGGGGAUGUUAAUCAGUACCAGCUAAAUUCAAUCAUAAACUUUCCAGGCAAGCGUACGUUUGCAACCCCACGUUUUCCUAGUACUUGAAGCAAA